GCGGCUUGAACGGGGCUCCAGCCUUAAAGCCGAGCAGCGAGCGCGUCCCGAGGGUUCGGCGGUGCGCGCGCAAUGGGCCAGUGAGCCGGGGCGCAGUCCUUCGGAGGCGGCUCCUGCCCUGGCCGGCUGCAAACUUCUGACUCUCUUUCUCCCGCUCUGGCUGCCUGGCCGGCCGGCCGGCCGUACCGCUCGCUUCCUCCGGGGCUGGCUCGUCGCCCUUCCUUCCCGCUCUGCCUCGCCAGCGUGCCGCUUCGAGGGGAAGUAGGAACGGCAGCGGCAAGGAAACGCUGAGCUGCUGCCCCCGCCGGCGGCCACAGACCUUCGCCCUCAGUCCCGCGCGGAAGCAGCGACUCCGCGGAGGAAGAGCGCGCGGCUGGGAGUCUGCCCUAGACAUUAAUCGAGAACAGAAUGGGGAAGCAGAACAGUAAGCUGAGACCUGAAGUACUCCAGGAUCUUCGAGAAAAUACUGAAUUCACAGACCACGAGCUCCAAGAAUGGUACAAAGGUUUCCUAAAAGAUUGCCCAACUGGCCACUUGACUGUUGACGAGUUCAAAAAGAUAUACGCUAACUUCUUCCCCUAUGGCGAUGCCUCGAAAUUUGCCGAGCAUGUGUUCCGCACUUUCGAUACCAAUGGAGAUGGGACGAUUGAUUUCCGGGAAUUUAUAAUAGCACUGAGUGUCACUUCACGGGGAAAGCUUGAACAGAAGUUGAAAUGGGCAUUUAGCAUGUAUGACCUCGAUGGCAAUGGCUACAUCAGCCGAGCAGAAAUGCUUGAGAUAGUACAGGCCAUCUACAAAAUGGUGUCUUCAGUAAUGAAAAUGCCAGAGGAUGAAUCUACUCCAGAGAAACGAACAGACAAAAUCUUCAGACAGAUGGACACAAACAAUGAUGGUAAACUGUCACUUGAAGAGUUUAUUAAAGGUGCCAAAAGUGAUCCCUCGAUCGUGCGGUUGUUACAGUGUGAUCCAAGCAGUGCAAGUCAGUUCUAAUUUAAACUCCUGAACAGUUUGCAAAGAAAAUUACUGGCUUGUUGUUCAAGCUUCGCUCGUAAAAUAGAUGCCUUCUCAACCAUUCCUCAGUGGUUAGUGGAUGAGGUGCCACUGCCAGAUUGUCUGUAUAUCCAAGUGAAAGAGAACCUCUCAACAACAUUGAUGCAACUCCUACUUCUACAAUUUCAGGUCUAUUUUUCUUACCCCGUACAAUGUUGUGAUUCACUCUCCACAUGUAACAUAAGGGUAUGUUUACAUACAGGUUAAAGGGGUUGAUUGCACAUCACUUGGUUAAUAUGAGUGGGUGACUUUAUAGUAGCCCUUAAGAAUAGAUGCUAUAUAUUAUUUUUGUCCAACACAGCAAAUGUCAGGCAAUUAAUUUGCUU